AUGCCCAAUUUCAAGAUUGAGCAACGGAUAAAUAUAAAAUUUCUCGUGAAAUUGAAAUACUCAGCCCAGGAGAGCUUCAACAUGCUCAAAGAAGUCUACGGGGCGGAUUGCCUGUCGAAAUCUCAGGCUUUUGAGUGGCACAAGAAGUUCCGCGACGGCUGGGAGAGUGUUGAAGAUGGCCCACGACCGGGACGUCCAUCGACGGCACGUAGCGAGGAGAAUAUUGAGCGUGUACGACAAAUUAUGGAGGAUAAUCCGACCUUGAGCAUAAAAGCCAUCUCGCGGAUGAUUGAGUUGCCCAAUGAAUCCGUACGGAGGAUCGUCAAGGAGCUACGUGGGGACUCGUGGGUGCCUGAGAGGCCACCGAAGAAGCUCAAAAUUGAAAAUUGUGAAGAAUUUAAGGACUGA